AACAGGUGGGUUCAUCGCCGUUUUAUCAUCCAUAUGCCUCCUCAUCCUUGUCUCUUUCAUCCGUCGAGUGGAAUCAGAGCAAGCUGUACUGCAAGUCGAGGACGACGAUGCUCAAGAGAAGCGAGAGUGAUUCUCUUGAACCUUGGCGCCAAUGUACAGGUUUAUUUGCCGUGGAGGGGGGUGGAGCGUGUGUUUGGUAGGCGGAGACGAAAUGGCGGCGAUGUCGUACGAGGAGGCUCGGAAGCAACGGAUGGAUGAGAACAAGAGGAGGAUGGAGGAGCUUGGCUUAGUGGAUUUAUCGAAGAACUUGAAGCAGUUGAAACCGAAGAUUCCUGCAAAGAAGCCAGAGAAGCGGAAGAUUGAUUCGCAGGAAGCGCGACGAUCGUCGCGAGUCGCGUCGAAGCCUGUGGUGAGUUAUAAAGAGCAAUUGGACAGGGUGCGUGGGAUCCGUGAGACGAGAGUGAAGAAGAGCUCGUCGCGGCGAAAGCUGACAGAGUCUGCUCGCAUGGCUACCAUCGAGGCUGCGAACGAGGUUAUCAAGGGCAUCGAGUAUCCUGCAUUUGUAAAGCCCAUGCAGCAUUCUAAUACUUCCAAUAGCUUCUGGUUAGGAAUCCCAGCCGACUUUUGCAAGGAGCGUAUGCCACUGGCUGAUGAGAAGUUCAUUCUAGAGGACGAGAACGGAAAGGAGUGGGAGUGUUUGUAUCUUGCUCACAAAGAAGGCAUAACUGGUGGAUGGCGUAAAUUCCUGCUUGACAACGAAUUGGAGGACGGGGAUUGCUGCAUUUUCGAGCUUAAGAGCCCGCUUCGAUUUAAGGUCCAUGUUUUAAAGUGGGAUGAGGAAGAUAAUGAUUUGGAAGAAUUAGUUGGGAAGAAGUCAAGCAAGGCAGUGACCAAGAAGAAAUCAGGAAAGCGCAAAGCUCGGAGGUUUGAAAUUGAGGACGGAGAAGAAGAUGAGGACGAAGAAGACGAAGAGGACGACGACGAUGACGAAGAAUUUGAUAGUGAUAUUUGUGAUGAUGAUAGUGAUAGUCAUGAGGAUGAUGAGGAUAGUGAAGAUGAUUACUCCCCAAGGCUAACUGAGAAAGAGGUUGACACACUUGUAGCAGCUCCAUCGCGAGUGUCCCGAGUGCCGAAGCGCAAGACUGCUGAAGAGGAUGACGACGACAGCGAGGGUCAUACAACGACUUGAUAUGAAAUCCAAUAAGCAGAGAAUGAAGAAACUUGAUGACAUGAGUGAUCUUGAAAGUGGAGAAGACGGAGAGAAAGAACACACGGAUACAUGAAAUACCUGCUGUCGGUUCAAGAGGGAUUUAGCAGGUUCACAAGGUCUAUCUUCCGGUAAAGUGAUGAGAAACUUCUUAUCACGGUCUUUGCUACCUUCGCCAGCAAUAUGACGUAUGAAGUGUUGGAUAGGGUAGUCCAGGCAAUACUGGAAGCUGAAAGAGCCAUGAAGAUAGAACGGCUAUGGUAUCCUCGAAGUCUUUCUCUGACGUAUACCCUCGUAUCCAUCAGCUAGAAAUCUUUCAAGAACACUCCCCUGAGACCUAGUCUUUACAAUUUCUGGAGAACCAAGGGUUGGGAAUGUGAUAAGUUACGGUUCUGACCCAUGUACAAAGGAACCCAACGGAGCGGACCAUGUGGGAGGACAUGGCUGUAUAUCUCUUAAUAGUUUAGACCUUCUAUCGUUUAACUUAAAAUGAGAGCAGACGUUCUUGUGGACGAGUGGGACAGCUAUCCUGGCUGUGAUAAUAUGUUUCGGUGGUAUAGGGCUUUGCCUUCAUUGAAUUUGAGAAGUUCAUAUAGACUUAAUGGCACCACCAAGUGGUGCUAGGUGUAUUUUCAGUUUUGUUUUCUCGUAAUUAUAAAGUUCGUACAACCUUUGAACUCGUUUAAGGGUUUUUGGUAGUAUUGAACCCAGAAUGUUUGCAGGCUCUUCA